AUGUACACCACGUCCGCGUCACUCGACGAAGACGAGGAGAGCACAGAGAGUGAAGAAGAGAGUGAGGUCGAAGAGUGCACCCCCUCGCCGUCCGCGAGACCGGCCCUGGCCGCCCUUCCCCCGCAGAGGCCUUCACCGAGGGAGGACUCGCUAAUGCUGGACUCGCAGUACUAUAGUUAUAGUCUGGCGUUGGGGGUGACCGUGGGCGCCGGUUGCUUCCUGCUAGCGCUGAACCUGAUCGUCUUCGCCGGCAUUUACUUGCAGCGAGGCAAACGCCGUACCAACCGAAGACCUAGGCGGGACGGUAAACGAAUUAGCGCUUUCCUUCUCUUCAACAUAACCUUUAAGAAGCACCUCGAGCCGAGGAGCCGCAGUCCUGGGCGAUGCUCUCACGUCGCCUCGGAAAAGCACGCUCAAGCGCAGCAGCGACUUGGAGUUAAAAGAUCGACCGGUGAGCGCCGUGGCGCCUCCAAAGAAGCGCGUUCAGAUACAGGAGAUUUCGGUGUAGAGUUGGAAGACUACUGA